AUGAGCCAACACGAUCUCUCCACUGCUGCGACACAGCUCGCGUCUCUCAAGGGACAGAACUUUAUGUCUGCAGCUCAGCUAAACACUGAGCAGUUGUCGGGACUUUUGGCUCAGGCGCAAGAAUUCAAGGCCACAUACUCGGACGAAGCUACAAAGGCAUCGGCUCCUAAGCCGCUUACGGGCGAGAUCUGCUCUAUGAUUUUUCAGAAACGCAGUACGCGCACACGUAUCUCGAGUGAAGUGGGAAUGCAUUUGCUGGGCGGUAAGGGUCUCUUUCUCUCGUCCGAUGACAUUCAAUUGGGUGUGAACGAGACGCUCAAGGACACGGCGCUCGUACUCUCGCGCUUCAAUAGUCUCAUCCUAGCACGCGUAUACGAGCACAAGGACAUUCUAGAGCUGGGCGAGCUCGCCACGGUGCCCGUGAUUAACGCACUCUCGGACAAGUUUCAUCCGCUGCAAAUGCUAGCUGAUUAUAUGACGGUGAAGGAGCAUUUUGGCAACAUUGAGGGCCUUACGUUUGCCUGGGUAGGCGAUGGAAACAACGUACUGCAUGACUACAUGUUGGCCGCACCUAAGCUUGGUGCCAACAUUCAAAUUGCUACACCACAGGGCUACGAGCCUGACCAGGACGUUGUGGACGAAACCAAGCGCCUCGCCGCACUCGCAGGCACCAAGUUCAUCAUGACAACUGAUCCUGUGGAAGCUGUUAAGGGCGCUAACGUUGUGGCCACUGACACGUGGAUCAGUAUGGGCCAGGAGGCGGAGGCACAGAAACGUCUCAAGGCGUUUGCAGGCUACCAGGUCACUAAAACGAUGCUGCAGAACGCGCACGACAACCACGUCUUCCUGCACUGCCUGCCACGUCAUCAGGACGAGGUGGACGAUGAGGUCUUCUACGGACCCCGUUCGCUCGUGUUCGACGAGGCCGAGAACCGCCUGUGGACUGUGAUGGCCGUGUACGCGUCACUGCUCGGCAAGUUCUAA